AUGAGGCUCUCGACCCUCGCCCUCGCCUUCUCGGCCGCCCUCGCCUCCCUCGUCUCCGCUGCUCCUCCGUCCUUCGCCCCCGCCUCCGCCGCCGACGCAGACUCCAAGCCCACCCUCCCCCGCGCAAACGUCUUCGAGCGCGCCGAUGCCGUCAAGCGCGCUUUCGUCGAGAAGCGCCGCGCUGGCCAGCCGUUCCAGAAUCAGCGCUUGCAGCGUCGCGCUAGUGCGUACUUGAACGAUAAGUCCCAGAAGUUCGUGGUCAAUGGCUCUGCGCUCCCAGAGGUCGACUUCGACAUCGGCGAGUCGUAUGCCGGCUUGCUGCCGAUUUCGGGGGACAAGAACGAGACGAGAGAGCUGUUUUUCUGGUUUUUCCCGUCGACAAACCCGCUGGCGAAGGAUGAGCUCGCGAUCUGGCUCAAUGGCGGCCCUGGCUGCAGCUCACUCAGUGGCUUGCUCACGGAAAAUGGCCCGUUCACUUGGAUGUCGGGCACGCUGGCGCCGACGCAGAAUCCUUACACCUGGGUGAACUUGACCAAUAUGCUUUGGGUCGAGCAGCCUGUCGGUGUCGGCUUCAGCAAGGGUACCCCGGAUAUUACGGACGAGUUGGGCAUGGCCAAGGAGUUCCUCGGUUUUUAUAAGCAGUUUGUUGAUACCUUUGAGCUUCAUGGCAAUAAGGUUUACGUCACGGGAGAGAGUUACGCUGGUUACUACGUUCCUUACAUUGCGGAUGCCAUGAUUCAAGCCAACGACAAGGAUUACUACAACCUUGCUGGUAUUGCUAUUAACGAUCCUAUCAUUGGAGACGACAUCUUGCAGCAAGAAGUCGUAAUCGCGCCGUACGUGCACUACUGGAAGAACCUGUUUAACCUGAACGAUACCUUCCUGGAGGAGAUGGACAAGAGAGCAGACUCUUUCAACUUCACCACGUACCUUGACAACUACCUGACUUUCCCUCCGCCGCAAGAGCCAUUCCCGAAUAUAAAGGGUAGCAUGUUCGAGUACGUGUACUCGGCCGCGCUUGACAUCAACCCGUGCUUCAACAUUUACCACAUCACCGACACGUGCCCGCACCUGUACUCGGUCAUGGGCAUAGUCAACCAAGGCGACUACAGCCCCCCAGGCCAAGAAGUCUACUUUGCGCGCGAAGACGUCCAAGCAGCCAUCAACGCACCCAUCAUCGGCAAGGCCUGGGAGCAGUGCAGCAGCAGGUCCGUCUUCCCCGGCGGCGACCAGUCGCUGGGCCCCGCCGUCGACGGAACCCUCCAGCGCGUCAUUGAGCAUACGAACAACACCAUUGUCGGCGUCGGCGACCUCGACUUCAUCCUGCCGACCAACGGCUCCCUGCUGGCCCUGCAGAACACGACCUGGAACGGCUUGCAGGGCUUGCAGGAAUUCCCGUCAAAGCCGUUCUUCGUCCCUUUCCACCCCGAGUACAAUGGCGGCUCGCUGUCUGAGGCGGGCACCGUGGGCAGGUGGGGCGCAGAGCGUGGUCUCACUUUUUACUCGGUCCAGUUGGCCGGCCAUGAGCUUCCGGGCUAUACCCCUGGUGCUGGGUACAGGUCUAUCGAGCUCCUUCUUGGUCGCAUCAAGGACUUGAGCUCCGACGAACCGUUCUCGACGCAGAAGAACGUCGUCUCUGAAGCGAGCGGUAAUGAGCGGCCUUAG